AUGGCCGCCACUUACGUUGCUAUUGAGCGUGGAAUCCCCGCCAUGGCAUUCUGGACUGGCAACGAAGCCACCGUCUAUUCGUCACUCAACACUAGCACCAAAGCUGGGCUCCAGGAUCCCGCCACCAUCAAUGCUCGCCUUGCCUCUAACCUUGUGCAAGCUUUCAUCAGCAAGGCAAACGGAGAUCGAGUCCUUCCCGAGGGAUACGGUGUGACUGUCGACUUGCCCUACAUCACAUCCGAGACAAGCGAUGAAUGCACGAACCCCCCUUUUGUUCUGACACGGGCCACCCAGGACGUGGGAGUCAAGGUUGCGUACAACCACAAGAGCGGCGUCUUCAACCGCAUGCACACCGAUGCUGGCUACAAUCAGUUUGAGGCUACCGACACGGUAAGCACCGUUGCGCCCAAGUGCCUCAGUGCUGUUACUGUCUUUUCCCUUGACUACGACGCCAGCCACCGGAGGCAGUGCUUCAACCUGGCAGAUGUGACGGCAAUCAUUCCUGUCUUGGUACACUCCAAUGGCACGACACCACUCACGGGAGGAUUGGGGGCCAAUGCUUCAAUCGCGGGCAAUAGUAGCUCGCAACCGCCAACUCCUGUGGAGGCCCCACCACCAUCGGGACAAACUGCUGUUACUAGCAUCGCGACACUGGCUCAAUGGUCUGUCAAUUUGUUAGUUCUUGGUCUUGUGGUCGGGAUGACGCUGUUGUAA